UAACCUUUUAUUAUUAUUAUUAUUAUUAUUAUUAUUAUUAUUAUAGACUUUUAUUAUUAAAAAUUUUCUGCAAAAAAAAAUUCUCACCGGCCAAUUCAUCCACUUCUUCUUCAAACUAACCCUAAUCAAUCUUCCUUCAUGUUCUCAGAUAGAGAAGAAGGUGAAGAUAUGAACAUGGCGGCGAGCAUGCGGUUAGCGUUCAGUGGUGACGGUGCUGUUGUUUACAAGCCAGUCAUGCCAACUGAUACUUUUCAACAAUCACCACAACAAACUCCAAUUGGAGACAUCUCUUUCCUUCAUCAACAUCAUCAUCAAGAGCAUCACCAGCCACCAGUUAAUAGUCUUAGUGUUAGCGGUUCUGUUGAGUCGGCGAAGAGGAAACGCGGUCGGCCUAGAAAGUACGGUCCUGAUGCUACUAACAGUAACACCACCACCACCAAUAACAAUAAUAAUAAUAAUAAUAAUAAUAAUAAUGGUAUCGGUGGCCUCAACUUGGCAUCUCCUCCGUCUUCAGCCAUGGCACUUGCGGUUACAACAGUAGCAUCCUCUUCUUCAAAUUCCAACAAGAAACCCAGAGGACGGCCACCUGGUUCUACUUCACGCAAACAGUCUGUUGCCUUUGGCUCAACUGGUGUUGGAUUUACACCUCAUGUUAUCACUGUGCAAGUUGGAGAGGAUGUAUUGGCGAAAGUGAUGUCAUUUUCUCAAAAUGGCCCACGAGCUGUCUGCAUUUUGUCAGCAAACGGUGCUAUAUCUAAUGUAACACUUCGUCAAGCAAUGACAUCCGGUGGAACCGUAACUUAUGAGGGACGAUUUGAGAUCUUGUCUCUAUCUGGUUCAAUUCUUCUAUCUGAGAGUGGUGGUCAACGAAGCAGAACAGGUGGUUUGAGUGUGUCCCUUGCUGGGCCAGAUGGUCGUGUUCUUGGAGGUGGUGUGGCAGGGCUUCUAACUGCAGCCUCACCUGUUCAGGUUAUUGUUGGUAGUUUCUUGGAAGAAGGUUGGAAGGAUUCAAAGUCAGGAAUACAAGCAGAACCAUUGUCUUCUGCACCCAAACAUGUGGGAGGAGUACCAGGAGUUGGAAGCUCACCAUCACGUGGGAACCUUAGUGAAUCAUCAGGUGGGGGUGGAAGCCCUCUUAACCAGAGCACUGGAGGUUGCAGCAACAAUAAUCCAGCAGGAAUGCUAAAUGUGCCUUGGAAAUAAAGACAAGACUUCAGGGCUGUUGGUUUUGCAUGAUUGACACAUGUUUUCAAUUUCUGAAAGUAGGGUAAUUAUAUAUAAUGUUAUUAAUGACUUAAUGCUGAGUUUAGUUGGAGAUUGUAGUGAUAAGCCAGAUCAAACAGUAUGACUGGAGUGCAAAAACUAGGUAGAAAUUAGUAGUGAUGGUGGUGGUGGUAGUAGUAGUAGUAGUAGUUGUUGUAUUAGUGGUGGUGGCUUCUUCUGAAGGUAGGUUAUUUUAUAGAAAGGGAUUUAAAAAAAAAGAGUUAGGCAGCUUGUGUUUCAGGUGGUUUUAGAAUUGAGUUUAAUGUUCAUCUAGUCUGUCCAUUUUUGUUUAUUGUGUUUUUAGGAUCAUUUUCUAACCUACUACCUACAUGUUUGUUUAUUUUGGUUUGAAUUACUUUGUUUUUGCAUA